AUGACACGGACGAAUAGUCCAACGAGGAAGGAGACAUGCACAAACUUCAGUCUGCCGGAGACCCUGACAUUUGAGAGGUCAAACGUGCAACGACCAAGGCGUACAGGGAUAGGACAUCGGAAGCGCUCCUGGUCCUCAAGAGGAGAAAACAACGUUCAAGCAGCCCGUCCACAGAACCUGGAUGGCUGGCAGAUUACAGACAGCCAGAGGGAGGCCAUGGAUCAUCUCUGCAAGGUGAAAUGGUGGCUAGUCCCGGCCAAGUUCAAUUUUGAUCCGGUAAGUUCCCCAGCCGCUCUCCUCCAUUGGCGCUGUCUGAAGGUGAUGGCUGAGGCGUUGCUAUCUUCCACCCUAACGGACCUGAGGCUCACCUAUGCUGAAGCCAUCCCUCAGCAGGUACCCACACCAGCCAUUCUGGAAGAAGACUCAGAACCCUCGGGGGAGCUCGAGGUCGAGUCCCCCGGCAUGCACCUUUUACCCAUGCUCCAUGCCUUCGAUAGCCACUUCCACCUGGACCGGACCCGUCGGAAGCCGAGACUACAGAAGGCCGCUUCAAUGAGGGAGGUGGAGGACGCAAUACCUGUCACUUCGACGGAAUGUGCACUCGGCAUGUCCGGAGUGGCGGUAUUCUGCGACCCCGAUACAAAUCCUUAUCCGGGGGAGAUAGAUACCAGAGCUGACCCGGGACCGGAGCAGCAAUUGCGGAGCCUGCUCCCGUACAUCCGGCCCCACCAGGCACUCGUCCUGCACAUUCGGGGACUGAUGGAUGACCCCACUGGGCUUGAAGCGUUCAUGAGGUGCCUGGAUGUGGUGAGGGAGAUGGUCCCACCAGAGCAGAAGAUCCAGCUGCAUUGCUUUAGUGGCACCGAAGAAGUGAUUCAGGCCUGGCUGACGCGUUUCCCGAACACCUACUUCAGCUGGUCGGGGAUGGUGUCGAAAUUCAACGACACGGUGUGA